AUGUCUCCGUACGCGGUCAGCCAUGCACCAAUUGUCACCUCGACUGCAAGAAUUGUCUGGUGGUUGGACGCGCUUCCAGGCUCUCUUUUCUUGCCUUUACUAACUCACAUCGUCUCAAGAAAUCAGCAGGUACCAAGGAACGAGACAAGCUGGUCGCCCCGAGAUGAUUAUCAGGGAGACGAUCGGCAGCUGUCGGAGCAACUGGAAGACGACGAGGUUGAUGAAGCCAACAAUGCCAAUGACUCUGAACCUCCCCCCACAGGCACUGAGACACUCGAUGACCACCCUGGGUUAUCCUUUCAUACACCCAGCCUCGACCCUGGUUUGUUGACAUUCGGUGAUGCUAUCGACGACACUGCCUUCUUUGAAAAUCGCCCUGGCGACAACGAGACAGAGACCGCAGAGAUACACUCGACGUCAUCUAGAUAUGAUGAUGGUCCACCCGUCAUAGAAACAAGCUCAUCAGAACAAAGUUCAACGCAUAGUCUCAAGAUGACGGCUCCUAACAUUCCAUCUACCCGACCGGGAGCCCAGAGGACCAGCACAAGUACUACAGUGCUCUUCGUUCACUAUCCGUACCUGAAAGUUCACAGCAUUCAUUCGAUUGCUCAGCAAGACCUCAACUACAUGGAGGCUCAAGGAUGUUUACACGUCCCAACUCGACCGAUUCUCGAUAACUUCGUUGAGCAAUAUUUUAGACACCACCAUCCUCUAAUUCCGCUCCUCAAUGAAGGUGACUUUUGGGAAAUGUACUCUCAGAAGGAAUCCACAGGUCCUCAGGCCACCAUGUCACUUCUGGUGUUUCAGGCUAUGCUUUUUGCUAGUUGCAACUUCGUGUCUCUUCACAUCAUCAAGCAACUAGGUUUCUCGAGUCUUAGAACUGCUCGAGCAGAAUUCUACAGACGAACAAAGGUUAGUGUCAGAGCAACCCAAUGGUCCGCCACUAAAUUAACCAAAAACCUGCAGCUGUUGUACGAUCUAGGAUCUGAAACGUCGUCACUCCCUUUAGCUCAAGCAGCCAUUCUCAUGAUGGGCUGGGUACCACCCUCGAACACGACCCUAAAUCCCUACAAGACCUGGCUGAGCUUAGCCAUCCAGCACGCCAGAAGUAUCAACGCGGAUCGAUACACAGAAGUGCCAGAGCUAAUAGAAAUUACAUCCACGAAACAGCGGAAAUACCAAAAUUCUCUCCACCGCUUAUGGUGGUGCUGUGUCAUCAUGGAUCGUAUCUCGCCGCUCUGCACGCGUUUUAGUCUCCACAUCACCCACGACCGUUUUGACUUCAAGAACACAAUCCCUUUGGGCGCCGAACACCUUCAGGACGAUAUAUAUCGAUCGAGCGUAUUCACUCCGGCUAUUAAACGACGACAAAUAGGCAUCUUCUCCAAGUUCCUUGAACUCAUGAUUCUUUUGACUGAUGUGCUUACCCUGACAUACCCGUUUGAGGACUCUGUUAGGUCCAAGUCACGAUUUGCCGAGGAUGAAGACCUCGCCUUUGAGAGAUGCGAGGCCUCCUUGAAGGCCUGGUAUGUGAGAGUCUCGGCCCAGUUUCCUCCUUUUGAGAAUGAACCCAAAGACUCUUAUGGAAAAGGGAAUGAUCAGGAGAAAUCCAUUGUGCUACAGACGAAUCUCAUGUACAUCUACUAUCACACUGCAUCCAUUGCACUCUGUCACUAUAAGAUACUUCGGCAGUCUCUCACAUCCGAUUCUGCGGGUGAAGAUACAGCAAGGCCAGGGCGAAGUUUGAAACUCCAACAAAGCUCAUUCGAGGUGCAAGACGCUGCUCAGAAGAUCACGAAAUGCUAUGAGGAGCUUACCCGCCGUCGCUUGGCCCGUUGGCUCCCGAUAUCAGCGCUUGCUUGUCUAGCCACACCAUUGACGCUUCAUACCAUCACCGCGCGAUUAUCAUCGCUCAGUAAUGAGCUGUCAUGUAACGGAUCCGUAGAAGCCGGCUCAACUCCGGCAUCAAAUCAGGAUCGACUGAAAUACUAUGGUGUAGAGUGGGUGAGACAGACAGCGAGACACGUUGCCAAUUUAGCCCAGAUUGACAGCCAAUGUCUAUUCCAAGCCAGCGGGAGUUCUUUCACAGACUGGUGUCAGAUUCUGAGAAGUCAACCGAACAUGUACCUGAGAAUGAUCUGGACUGUCGAUGUCUGUAUCAGCAAAGGCAGGCAGCCGGAAGAAUUUGACUUCCCGGCAUGGCUACGCUGCUUGUUGAAGAGGAGCAAAGGAUCAAGGACCAGGCCGCGUCGAUUAUCGUAUACGACUGAACAAACUGUUAGACAAACAGGCCUCAUCGACGAAGACCUGCUGGCCUUUGUGACUGACCCCAAACUCUCUGCCGCCGAUGGGGAUAUCUUUGGUGAGCCAUUGCUAGAAUUGUUCGAUCCGCAGAAGCUCGGGAUAUCUUAUGAUCAACAGAGGAACGGGAUUGGUGCUGGUGGUAGCUCAUCUCAGGGGGGAGUGGAUAGAAUGGAUUGGGACUUGGUUGAAGCAAUGCAUGAUGCCACUGAGAACAUACUGGAUCGGUUGGGUGCAGACUUCAUGGCUUGA